AUGUUCGUGGAACAACCAUGGUACCCGUCGACCGCAGGAAGACCUCUAGCGCGCACGCCACAGGAAUUCAACGAGAUAGGCAUUUACGAUCAUCACUACAGUCAGCUCUCAGCUACCGGCCACGGGUUUAGUACGAGCGGCUUGAGCGACCUGAACCAAUGGAUUCCUCGACUACCAGAUAAUCACAUUCAAAUCGGGGAUCAACCGAAGCUGGUAAACGACUGUGGCAAUAUGCAUGAUUCCUCACAUUCUUUGUCGUCUGGACAAGCGACAUGUCCCUCAUCUCCUGUGGAGGUGCCCGUCAGGACUGUCACGCGUGGGCCCGAUACGGCGUGGUAUUACCCAUCCAUGCUCUCGCCUUGGCCCGGCUAUCCUUCGCAUUCACGCCAGAUCAACCUCAGUCGUACCGGAAAACCACUGGCUAUCGGUGCUUUAGCUAUAAAGAUUGCCAAAGAGCUGCAGUUCCUGGUCGAUGUAGGUGAGUGGAGACUGGGACCGGGCUUCAUCCAGUUUGAGUAUAUAUUCCUGACUGAAGUUCUGCAAGUUUCGAAAGCAAGCUUACAGCCUGUUCUCUACGUCUUUUUCCCAGGAGAAAGGGUGGGCUGA